GCAGCAGUCGUCAUCGCCCGGCCGGCCCUCGUUAAUUUAUGCUCGCGCUUCUCUUUAGUUGCCUUGCAAGUCUCGUGCUGUCUGAUCGCCGAAGCGCGCGUAAUUCCAAGAAAAGUGCCGCAGCCCCACCGGUUGGGAGUUGCAAAGUUCCGUCGGAGUCGGAGUCAAAAUCGGGAGUGGGAUUCGGUGUCGGAUUCGGAAGCCGCUCGUCGCAGGCUACGCUUGGGUGGAGCGCAGGUUCUGGGCCAGGUUCCUAGUGAUUUGCGCGAAACUCUGCGAGAUCCUGACCCUUCUUAGUUGUAACCGUGCAAUUGUGUUGACCCAACCAAAGCCAAAGCAAGCUUGACCUACGGUGCCGAGUCAUUACGUCCCCUAAGUUAUCUAUAAGCACAGUUCACUCGGACAAUGGAUAUGUCCAGCGCCAACUCACUGCGGCCCCUCUUCGCGGGGUACCCCUUCCAAGGACAAGGUCGCGUCAACCAGUUGGGGGGCGUGUUCAUCAAUGGUCGCCCGCUGCCCAAUCACAUUCGCCUGAAGAUCGUGGAAAUGGCGGCGAGUGGAGUUCGGCCCUGUGUGAUUUCGCGGCAGCUGCGCGUCUCCCACGGCUGCGUCUCGAAGAUUCUGAACCGCUACCAGGAGACGGGCUCGAUCAGGCCCGGUGUGAUCGGGGGAUCCAAGCCCAAGGUGACGUCGCCCGAGAUCGAGACGCGGAUCGAUGAGCUGCGCAAGGAGAACCCCACGAUAUUCAGCUGGGAGAUCCGCGAGAAGCUGAUCAAGGAGGGCUUUGCGGAUCCACCGUCGACGUCAUCUAUCAGUCGCCUGUUGCGGGGAAACGAUCGCGGCAGCGAGGAUGGUCGAAAGGACUACACGAUACACGGAAUUCUCGGAGGCCGCGACUCGGACAUCAGCGACACGGAGUCGGAGCCCGGGAUUCCGCUGAAGCGCAAGCAGCGUCGCUCCCGCACCACCUUCACCGCCGAGCAGCUGGAGGCCCUGGAGCGGGCCUUCGCCCGCACCCAGUACCCGGACGUCUACACGCGGGAGGAGCUGGCCCAGACCACCGCCCUGACGGAGGCCCGCAUCCAGGUUUGGUUCUCCAACCGAAGGGCCCGGCUCCGCAAGCACUCGGGUGGCUCCAGUUCCGGGCUCUCGCCCAUGAACAGUGGCAGUUCAGGAGUGGGCGUCGGUGUGGGCGUGGGAGUUGGCCCCAGUGGGGGGACAGCUCCUCUGGGCUUCGGCCCCCUGGGCGUCGGAUCGAUGGCAGGCUACAGUCCUGCGCCGGGAACCACCGCCAACGGAGCGGGCAUGAACGACGGAGCCCACCACGCCGCCCACGCCCCCAGUUCCCAUCACAGUGCAGCGGCGGCCGCUGCAGCUGCGCACCACCACACGCAGAUGGGUGGCUACGACUUGGUGCAGAGUGCUGCGCAGCACGGGUUCCCCGGGGGCUUUGCCCAGCCAGGACACUUCGGAGGCCAGAACUACUACCAUCAAGAUUACUCCAAGCUGACCAUCGACGACUUCUCCAAGCUCACCGCCGACAGCGUCUCGAAGAUCUCGCCCUCACUGCACCUGAGCGACAACUACUCGAAGCUGGAGUCGCCCUCCAACUGGUCGCAGGCCGCCUACCACCUCAACCAGUCGGCGGUGGCCGCCGCCAACUACAAUGCCCACGUGGCCCAGCACCAGCUCAACGACUACGCCGCCGCAGCGGCCCACGGGAACGCGGCGGCGGCCGCCGUCUACAACCACCCCUUGCCGGCGCAGGGCCAGGCCAAGUACUGGUCAUGAUGAGUCGGUGGUCAUAAGCCAGUGGAUCCCAGCUAGUUAUAUGAAUUCAAUUAUCAGCAGAGGCACACGUAGAUGUUAGGCAACUAUUUAUACCCGAACGUGAAUAUGGAAAUGUCGGCUUAGCUAUAGUUUAGGAUUACUCGCUUACUGCAUGUGCUUCACCAGGCUCUUACAGGCGCAUUAAGGUUGGCAACGUUUUCACAGCAGCAUCUUCAUCAUAAAGCUAGAUAUUAACGUAUAUUUAUUAACGUAAGUAAGGGCUAUUAUUGUAAACAUAACACGUGGCUACUCCCAAAAGGAACGCUUGUAAAUUGUAAAACCCUAAUAUAAUAAAAAUACACUGUUUGAAUUGAA